GGACACUAAGAAUCAGGUGUGUCCUCAGGACAGGAAGAAGAGACUGCAAGUGACAGAAGAAGGGACAGACAGAGAGAAGCAGGAGCAGACACGAGCAGGAGACCAAGACUCAGGAUCUAGGACUGGCACUGGUACAAGGGGCAUCGUUGGCAAGAGAAGAGACGUCUGUCUGACAUUCUAGAGAGGAGGAGAGGACGAAACGUACAAGAUGAGCUGGACGCAAGAACAAUCCGAUGUCUACAAGAUGCUCCAUGGGAACGAGGAGGUCAGAACUAGCCCAAGACAGUCCAGCAGCUUCAAAUUACUGGCGGAUGCCCUGGAGAACAACCCUGACGGUAUUUCCACGUCCUUCCCCAGCAGACUGUCACCCAGUGUACAGAAACCUAUAAACAGCAGCCCUAUGCAGAAACCCAUCCUCAACUCAGUGCCUUCCCCGGUGAGGGUCUGCGAGAAGUGCAACAAAGGCAUCAGUGAUAUGGCUGUGAGGAUCGCAGAGGGACAGUACCGUCACCCAGCGUGCUACGUGUGUGAAGAUUGUGGCCUCAACCUACGAAUGAGAGGACACUUCUGGGCAGGCGACAACCUGGUGUGCGAGAAACACGCCCGAUCCAGGCACAACACAAACCAGCGCACAUGAGGAGAUAUCCCCAGCACACACCUCUUCACCCUAAGAGAAGACUAGACCUGAUCUGACUAUUCCAGCAGGAGCACCUUAUACCUAAGUGCACCUUACACUGAGCACCAGUGACCUUUACAAUGGACUGUGCAUGUUCUUGCUUGAACAAAGGAUUACUGUCACCUCCAGAGAAGCCAUUAAUAACAUGCCUUGUGUUUUAACAGUGAUGAGAAAUGUUGCCAACAUGGUUUGAAGCCUAUGUCCCCUAUAUGAAGGCAUCUCAUAUAGCAUUAGAAUUAUGGGAGCACCACAAAGCUUAAUUCAGUCCAGUAUUUUGGAAAAAA